UACAGUCCAAAGAGUUUCAGGUUAAGAAGCGGAGGGGAUGUUGUUUGCAGGAGUGAUCUGAGGAGUUUGAUGUGCCUCAGAGCAGGGACUGGCCUCAGCCAGAUAACUCAAGAAAGGGGAGAUACCUCCCUAACCAGUGGAGGGAAGGGAGAGAAGAAGAACUGAUGUACAGGAGUGUCUCAAACAACAGAGAGAUAUGUCUUCAUCAGUGCAGCUCUUCAGAGAUCAGAAGUACCAGGAGCUUAAAAGGCAAUGUAUCGUUCAGAGACGGCUCUUUGAAGAUCCUGAAUUUCCAGCCUCGGAUGAGUCUCUUUUCUAUGUGAGGGCCCCACCGGGGAAAGUUGAAUGGAAGCGCCCAAAGGAGCUCUGUGAAGAUCCUCGCUUGUUUGUGAAUGGAAUCAGCUCCCAUGACUUGCACCAAGGCAUCCUGGGCAACUGCUGGUUUGUGGCUGCAUGCUCCUGCUUGGCUCUGCAGGAGACCCUCUGGCAAAAGGUGAUUCCAGACUUUAAAGAACAAGAAUGGGACCCUAAAAAACCAGAGAAAUAUGCUGGGAUUUUCCGUUUCCGGUUCUGGUGUUUUGGAGAAUGGACAGAGGUGAUUGUUGAUGAUCUGCUGCCAACAAUGGAUGGGAAGUUGAUCUAUUGCCACUCUAAUGUGAAAAAUGAAUUCUGGAGCGCACUGUUGGAGAAAGCUUAUGCAAAGCUGGCUGGCUCUUAUGAAGCUCUAGAUGGAGGCAGUGCUGCAGAUGCAAUUGUGGAUUUCACUGGAGCAGUGGCAGAAUCUGUUGAUCUGGUACAGGGCAAAUACAAAGAGAAUAUUUCUGAACAGAUGAAGCUGUUUGAAGACUUGCUGAAAGUGCAUGAAAGAGGUGGGCUGAUCAGCUGUUUCAUCAUGGCUUCCUCUGGCGGUGCCAAUGAGGUGGAGACAGAGAUGGGUCUCGUCAUCGGCCAUGCCUACUCAGUGACUGCAAUUCGGAAACUGCGCCUUGGAGAAAGGCUCAUACUCUCUUUUAAGGCAGAAAAGCUCUUCAUGAUCAGACUGAGGAAUCCUUGGGGGAAGAGGGAGUGGAAUGGCGCCUGGAGCGACAAUUCUGAAGAGUGGAAGAAAGUCAGCAAUUCAGAACGUAAGAGGUUGGGACUCACUGUUGAGAAUGAUGGAGAGUUCUGGAUGACAUUUGAGGAUUGGUGUAAAAAUUUCACUGAUGUGGAUAUCUGCCGGAUAGUGAAUACCUCCUACUUCAGUAUCCACAAGACCUGGGAGAAGGAAAUGAUGUGUGGAGCUUGGACAAAGAACUCAGAGCCCCUGCUAAAUCGUUCUGGUGGAUGCUUUGAUAACAGAGAGACCUUCCUGCAAAACCCCCAGUACGUCUUUGAUGUUAAGAAGACGGAGGACAAAGUGUUGGUCUCGUUACAACAGGAGGAUCGCCGCAGGUACAAGAAAGAGGGGAAAGGAGAGAGCAUCCCCAUUGGCUUUGAAAUACUCAAGGUGGAGGAUAACAGAAGCUACCGGCUACACAAGUUGACUGUGCAGGAGAGAGUGGCCACAUCUAUGUACAUCAACACACGCACUGUGUUCUUGAAGAGGGUCCUUAAGCAAGGCCGCUACGUUCUUAUCCCAACUACAUACCAUCCUGGCAUCAUUACAAAGUUUAUCCUGAGACUCUUCACAGAUGUGCCAUCAGAACUCAGAGAGCUGAAGGCAGAUAAGCCCAAAAUGACAUGCUGGAGUCUUCUUUGUGGCUAUCCACGUAGAGUCACCCAAAUCAAAAUUCACUCUGCAGAAGGCUUACAGAAGCAGGACAGAUCAGGUGGAGCAGAUCCCUAUGUGCUUAUCAAGUGUGAGAACCAACAAGUGCGCUCUGCUGUUCAGCAAGAUACUACCAAUGCCAUCUUUGACACGCAAGUGAUUUUCUACAGAAAGAACAUUGAUGCUCCCAUCGUUGUCCAGGUCUGGAACAGCAAUGUCUUGUGUGACCAGUUCCUUGGACAGGCGCUGCUGGCAGCUUCACCUGCUGACCCCAGAGAACAGCAGACUCUGCAGCUCCAAGGGAGAGGCAGCCGAGAAGCAGACGAGGUGCCAGGUCGCAUCACCAUCAAGGUUUUUUCCAGCGAUGACCUCGUGGAGCUAUGAAUACCAAAGCCCUGCAGAGCCAGACAGAGCUGUCACCUCGCAGCAGAGGGGCUUGUCUGUGCUUUCUGUGUGAAUGACUUGGGAGCAAAGGUUGCAUAUAAUCAUAAUCACUUUAAAAAAGAAAAAGUAACUCUCCAUGUUAUCGUGGAUAAUGGGGAAGAGAGAUUUGGGGGUGGGAAACACACACACACACACAUAUAUAUAUAUCCAUAUACACACAAACAUAUGUGCAGCUGAUACAGCAAACAGUAGAAGAUGGGCCAAACUAAAUGUCAGCAGCUAAGCUCGUUAAAACAUGACCAUCUUGCAUAGCUCGCGACACGGAAGCUGGAAGCAUGUGUGUUGACUGUUCUUGCAGGUUCCCCACACACAGUUAUAAUUUCUCAACAGCAGGAGUGGAGGCAGGCAGGAUGGAUGCAUCUCCAGGGUGACGUACCAGCAGGCUGGUGGGGUGGAGGGCACGUGGUGGACUUGCGUGGCUCGGUCUUUGUCUGCUGCUGGACUGCAUCGGUGAGGGAGAUUUCUUUGAGAUUUGACAGGAAUUUCUCUUCCAUAUAUUUUUAGAACCAUUUUGAGGAAUUUCACUGUUAUUGCUACAGAUCAGAUGUUUCUAUGCCUCAGCUAAAAUGUCAUUACCUAAGUAGUUCAGUUAUUCAUAAUCACAAAACUAGGUACGCCGUGGCAACAUAAAAAUAGCGCUGGCUCUUGCAGUCCCUAUUUGAACACAACAGCCAGUGAGAGCUUUGCCCAUGUAACUGAUCUCAGAUUGACUUUCAGAUUAUUGUAUUCCCUAACCCAAGCUGAUGACUCAAGUUGGUAUCUCUGGCUGGAGGAAAGGCACCUCAGUUCAGCUGUGGCUUUGCCCAGAGGACAGACUCGGUGAUGGGAGCCCCAUUGCCAAGGAGGCUUUCUUUAAUCAGCUUGAUGCUCAAAUGCAAUAACGCUCCCUUUGGCUCAUUGAUUGGUAGCACCAGACUGAAAGAGGACAUAGCCACCUCAUGACAGGGGUGGAUUUGUAAAGCAAAGAUGCUGUGCCUUGGUUUUCUGUCUCCAAGUUUUGCAUUAGUUUACAGCUGAUAGAGCAGAAGUGCUCAAUGAAGUUUAACUUGGAUGUGAUGCAGGACAGGCAUUGUUUCAGAUUUCCUUCAAGGCAGGAUUCAGAUAAAAACUUCCUUAUAACUUUUGCACAUAACCCAGCGGAAGGAUUUUCUCAUAGCAGAUGUUUCUGUGUUGUCAAGCUGUAGUGGUUGUGGUAGUGUAAGAGGCUUACAGUGUUCGAUCCCUCAGACAUGGUGUUUUCCAAGUUACACGUUCUGAUUUUGAGAGUGAAGCUAGGAGCUGACCAUUUUGACCAUUCUUUCAUUUAGACAGAAAAGUUUGAUUUCUUUGUACCUAUACCAUCUCAGCCAUUUUAUGCAUUUUUAUAGUCUAUAAAAUGGCCCUUGGUAGAAUUGAUGUUUUCACAAAAGAUUUUGAAGUUUUCUUAGGGCUUCGGAAGCACUGAAUCUGAGGGAGAAAAAUGAUUUCCUGACACUUUGAGGCCGGAAUGCAAGGCUAUGAACACUGUACUGCCAUCAGGUUAGCUGGGUGUGCUGAGUACGCAGAUCUGGCUCUCUGUUAAAGAGCUUGGGCUUGAGCCUCCUUUGCAUGGAGAGCCUUCGUCAGAUGUGAACGACACGCAGCUGGCAGCCCCACAGGCAAAUGUAAUUUUGUUCUCUGUAUACUCAUGGCAUCAGAGUUGCUAACUCUGAGAUAAAAUUGUAAAGUGCAUUUAAAAAGAAAAAAAAAAAAAAAAAAAGGUUUCUCAUACGAUCUGGAGCUUGAGCAAGCCAUGCAGGGAACUGUCUAGGCUGCCGUAUCCCAGCAAGGAGACCAGGGUGCCUCGCUUUGCCCACGCACUGCACAAGCUGCGGGACGGUGGGGCGUGCGGGAGAGCGUGCCGAGGCUGAGCGGAGAUGGGCAUGUUGCGUAGCCCCCUUCUCGGACAGGCCUCUCUCCAGGGGCUCGUCCUCGUGCGGUGGGGCUGGCUGGACCAGCUGAUGGAUUCGGGUCAGCGUUUAGCCUGAAGACGGUCACGGCCAGCGGGAGCGAGCAGCCAGCCCAGCUGGGCCGCUUCCCCGCUGACAAGCGCCAUGGCCCGCGGGAGGCCCGAGGCAUGCACCCCCCUGCCGCAGCGUUCUCCGGCGCACAAAGCCGUCGCGCCUCGCCGCUGCGAGCGUCCCCUGGCUGGUUUUUAUUUAGGCUGUCAUAGUUACGUGGGUUGGAUCUGUCGCCCCGGUUCGCUCCCCGCAGUGUGGGGCCGGCGGGCCCUCGGGGCGGCUGCUGCGCCGGUGCUGCUGCGGUGAGGAAAGGGAGCACCGUUCUGUGCUCCCUAGCCUUGCACCCUCUCCAGCUUUCUGUGCCCCUCCCCGUUGUCUGCUGCCCAGGCACCGAGCAAGGCUCCACGCUCGGACUCUCCCUGUCUCUGGGCUCUACAGCAGCAGCUUUUUAGGAGUCAUUUGUGUUAACUGGGCAUCUCAGCCAUGGCCCUAGCAGGUAAAGGAGGAGAUGGUAGGGGUCAUGCCAAGCACAGGGAACCCGAUCUGGCCAGCAGAGAUCAUGUGGCACAGCUAGGACACAGUUCUGGUCUCUCUUCACUGCCUUAAUCAUCCAUUUUUCUCGUAGGUCUUCAUUUGCGUCCUGCAGCUGAGGGAAACAGCAGCAGUGUCUUAGAGGAUAAGGUGACUACCCGUCUUUUAUGGCAUAAUCCGGACCUGUUAUCCAGCCCUAUUCUCCCCAGUUUUGGCUGUUCAUUCCAGCAAAGCCCAGGUUUUCUCCUCACUUUUGCAUUCCCAGUCCCAUUGCCUGUCACAGAUCUCCCUUCUCCCUCUACCAGGGUGGGCUCCAAGAAGCCAAAUGACUCCUCCUGGUCGGUCUUAGGCUGUCACUGAUUUGCUCCUCUGGCGCACCCGGCCCUCACUUUUGGUGGGCAUAAUAGCGUGUGUUGUGCUCGGCGGAUUCAAUCUAAUGUGGUCAGGGCUGGGAGAGAUGCCCUGCAGGAUGGCUGCAGGGUAGACAAGCUGCCUCCCGUAGUGCCAGCUAUUGACUGGGGACCAGGGUGAGGGCAGAGGAUGUUUCUCAAAUCUUAAUGGUGCCCUAGGCUCUGGCAAGCAUUUGCGCUCUGAGAAUUAUGUUCUCAUCUCCUGCAGCUUCUGGGGAAAACAGCUGGCUCUUCACCAGUGCCACGUCAGCAUUGCUCAUACUGACUGUAAUGUAACUACACCAAUUUAAAAAAGGCCAAAAGUCUUGUUUACUCCAAAGAAGUCAGUAUUAAGUGUGAUAUGGCACUGUCCUAGGAGGCACAGCAUGCAGCUUUGUUGUUCUCCUGCCCGUCCCUGGACCGCGGCCCUUGCAAGGGUUCAGAAUGGGGAAAAUGCUGUGCUGCAGAAAGGGUCCAGCAGUUGACUUUGGUCUUCAGCUGCUGCUGGCUCCUCCCCAGAAAGUGUGCAAACCUCCUGAGCAGCUAAGGGACAUCUCGUCUCAUGGGGUGGCAACACUGUGGCAGUGGAGCAGCGUGGGUAGUGCGCAUGGUGGUGGUGCUAAUCCCCUGAAGAGCUGUUGUGUGGUCCAUAGAGCUUUGGUGGUUGCUGCUGCUGUGGUUUUGUUUGUUUUUAGCAGUGAAACUGCUGGAAAGGUUGUAUAGGCAGGUCCUUCCUGGGCUUUUCUUGCAUGCUUGGGGGAGGGGGGGAGGGGGGGAGGGGGUCUGGUGAGCCCAGGUGCCACAGCCAUGCACUUGCUUUUCCAGCUGUGUUGGCCACAGGGGACAAUGCAGCUUGGUGGGAGCGCGAGCGAGGAAGCAGGCCUAUAGCUGCGUAGACAGGGUCUGCAGCACCCAGCUGUGACAGCACGUGCCACGGCAGGGCUGCAGGAGGCAGUGGAGCCCGGCAUGCAGGUAGGUGCCAGCCUCAACUGGGCUGCGACAAGGUGUCUCACUGUGGGAGCAGACAGUCCCCCUCCUGUUGGGACGUUAACCCACGAGGGAGCCAUGCGCAGCAGCGUGCAGUCACCGGCUUGGCAUGGCCAGAGCCCCCAAUUCCGGCCCUUCUCUGCUGUGAGCAAAUACCAGCGACCUCCUCUAAGACAGAGUCGUUAGUAGGCAGCAACACGGCCACGCAGGCAGUACGGCAGGGUGCAAUGGACUUGGAGACAAGCCGGCGCCGGCGCUCAGGCUGUCCGCGUACCUUUAGUUCGGUUCUCUGCUGAGCAGUCAGCUGGGCAAUCUUACCCCAGCCUUCUGUGAGCAGCAGUACGAAAGCAGGUGACUAGUGUUCAAUAAGCAGCUUAAAGAUUUAGGAGGCACCAGUAAGGGCAGGAAGUGCAGCUAAUCUCCAUCUCUGUAAUUUACCAUAUUCAUCUGGCGAUGCAUGGGGUUUUGCUAAAUAUGGAGCAACAUGGACAAAACCCCUCAAAAAUCACUGUGCUCAGUGGAUUUUUUUUUCCCAACUGAGGAGCAGUGAAAAGGAGUCAGGCUCCUCUGCAGAAGCAAGAUAGCAGGAGCUCCUGCAACAAAGGACAAACGAGGGCUCAGCAGGUGAGUCCUGCUUCGGUGGCCUUGGACACCAUACUCCAGUGGCAGAGGUCAAAGCUAAAAGCAUCCAUAGCCAGGCAGAUGACGUCUUUCUGGCUCUGCAGAUGAUCCAAGGUAGUGUAUUUUCAGCCAAGCCUGACACUAUUUUGUCACACAGCACCAGCACAUCCUAUAGGAAAAACAACUGCACUCACACAGUCCAUUGGUAUUUAUAACUUUUAUUUGCAAUACUUUAGAUCCAAGUUUCAAACUGCAAUAUUUUUACACUCAAGACACAGUCAUGCACAAUCCAUAUUUCAAUUUUCUAUUGCUUCAACCACAAUUUAAAAUAACUUAAUAUUGGAAACAAAACCCAAAAUCUUAAAAAAAAAAAAAAAAAAAAAAAAGGAUGCUGAGGUCAGUAAGAUGGAUCCAUGCCAUCAGCACAUUUACAAAGUAAAUAACUUAGUCCUCUUUUAAAAAGAAGAUCAUAAUUACCUCUUAAUCCAAAGUUACAGAAGAAUUUCACUACACAUUUUUUAUCUUUUUUCUUUUUCUUUUUUCUUUUUGCUUUUUUUUUUUAAACAGAUAACACGUCCUAAAAAAGGAAUGUACAGCAAAAAUGAGAUACAUUUCUGAUAAACAAUGAGAACAUAGGCUCCUCCUCUGUUUAUUUUGUGUGGAUACCCUGAAGAAAGAAAUCUAGCAGCCACCAGUGUAGGUGUAAGCUAGUUGCUUCAGCCUAAACUGGAGUUUGGAGUUGGUUAGAGCCCGAUCCAGUUCAGAGUUGCAGGAUUCUUUUGCAGAUCUUUCUCCCCGAAACGCGGGCCAGUGGCUGCAGGCAGAGCGGCGGCAGCGCAGCGCCCCGGCAUGCACCGCGGCCGCUCCCGCGUGCUCACGGACUUCUGCACCUACCCAGGGAGUCGGGUUUGCUCUUCCCCAGGGGCUGGGGGGCUGGGGGGGGAUGCAGGACUUUGCUCCUGGUUCCUACCACUAGCAGCUCGCUCCCCUGCGAGGCAGGGAGCCGGGACGGGCGGGAGUUGCACCUGACGAGCCAACGGGCUUUUUCUUGGUGAUGUGCUACAGUGACUUAGCAGCGCUGCUUAAUACUAAUAGAAAUAGCGUGACAAAAAAAGCAAUUGCCUGGGUGUAUCUUUAGCUCAAAGGUCAAAAAUCUCUGCAGACACAGACAUGAGAUGCGCACGUUUCAAAUUUGCUAUGUUGACCCACUUCUGACCCAGAGAGCAUUGCACUCCAGAGAGUGGAGAAAAAAAUAAUGAUGGGAAACCUCCUGCCACCCGCUCAGGCAGCGAGCGCUGCCCUCGGCCCCGCGUGCUGGGCACCACCCGCAGCAGCGCCUGCCUCCGAUCCCUACGGCUGCCGCGGGGCUCAGCAAGCGAAACACAGCGCGCUCGCAAGAGCGUGGUGCCGGCCCGGGAGCCCUCGGCGCCGUCGCGUCCCGGCCUCGCGCGCUGUGCGCACAACGCAGGUGGUUACUCAUGCUCCGGGCCGAGCGUUCGGAUUUGAACCGCUGCUGCACGCGGGCAGCUCGGAGAGCAGGGACCUGAGGCGCUCGAGCGCGUUCUCACAGCCAGGGACACGGUCUCGGGUAGCAGCAGAAGGAGGAGAACGCUCACACAAGCAGCGCGAGACGGAGCAGGACCGGGAAAGGCAGCACCCACUGCAAUUUCUCUAUUUAGAAAUACUAUUUCAGCUGUUCCAAGCCCGAGGAAGAUGAGAAGGACAGCGGCGAGAGGACACGCAAGCAGUACUCGUGCUCGGCUCGUUCAUGCCCUCCCUCAGAGCUGUGACCAGCCGGGCCCGGCCAUGCUCCCGCAGCAGAACCCGCUCGCGGGCCACGAGGCCCCGGUGCGCAGGCCACGAGCAGCCGCGAGCCGGCAGCUGCUCACCGACAGCACGAAGCACCUGCCCACUGCGAAAACCGAUGCAUGGGCGGCUGGGAAGCAGUCCAGUUUCCUCAGGGCCCUCCGCUCCCAAGGUUAUUAAAAAUGUAUUACUUUUCCAGGGCAAGGGGCGCUGGCGCCCUGCGGAGGCCGCCCGGCACGGGCGGGCAGCUCGCAGCUCAGGCUCAGCAAGCGCAGCCGGAGAAGGGCACGAGCCCGCGCGCUCGAGGGCAGGCACAGGACAGGCCGCUGGCCUGCAGGUGCCAGAGAAGCCUUGAGUAAGUUCCCUUGAAACCCAGAGGGGCUCCUUUACCUGCUUCCUAAAAACCGCUCGCUAAAACUAGGGCUAGCUACCGGCCCGAGCGCCAGUCGAAACGGAGGCUGAGUGCGCUAACCGGCACCUCGGCUCCGUCUUUCCCGGGAGGCGCCCCGAGCCCCGGAGCCAUGUUCGGUCGCGCGCUCGGGCCCCGCGACGUUUCUUACACGGCCAAAGGGCCGGGGCAGGCGGGGAGGGCGCGGGGACAGGGCUGGCGCUGCCCUUCCCGCGGGGACGCGACGGGCUUCCUCUUCGGGGGCAGACGCGGGGAGAGCCCGAGGGAGCCGCGGAGGCGCCGCCGCCCUCCCCGAGCCCCAGCACAACCAGCCGCUCGGCGAGACGGCGGUGAGCCGCACCUCCCAGCAAGGAGCGCGAGCGCAGCCGGAGGCCGAGGGCGCCGGCGGGGCUGCCCGCCUGCCUGCGCGUCUCCGGGCGCAGCAGGGGCUCGGCACCGCUGUACCCCCCCCCCCCCCCCCCCAUAAACAACCUGCUCCGCGCUGCUCACGCUUCCCGGCCUUCACCGCGGCCGUGCUGCCGUCUCCGAACACGGGAAAACCUCAGCUCGCUGACAGGCCGCUUCCACACACGUCAUGGCAGGGACGGGACUCGGAGGCAAGCGCUGGCUAGGUGGGUUUGGGGGUUUUUGUUUUUAACUGUUUAAUAAAUUUAAAAAUAAAAUAGAAAAAAACACAGUUAACCAAUCUUUUAAAACUUUGGAAUGAAUGUGUUUGUUUGAAAUGUAUACAACAUUUACCUAUGCAUUUGGCAACAGAAACAGCCUAUUCCUAAUUAAUACUUCCAAAAAUAUAUGCAACUAAUUGUUUAACCCGGGAUAGCGCACAAAAAAAAAAAAAAAAAAAAAAAAAUCCCGAGACAGUUCCAGAGAUUUUAUAGUAAUGGUUGCACCUUCUUCCUUUCUGCAAGGGCAGUGCCUAUCCUAACAUGCUGCUAUUUGAGCCUGUAAAUAACAUACAAGACUUGUCUCGCCCAGGACUGAUCCCAGGACUGAUUUUUCACAUUAAUGUUCCUCUUCCCCAUUUCCCUUCAAAUUCAGGAGGAGAUAAAGGCAGCUGCCACCUGCCAGGAGCUAGUGACUGAGACUUCAGUGCCAGCGACUGUCCCAAGCUAAGAGCAACAGGGAUGCGACAGGUUUUUUUUCUUUUUUUUUUUUCUACUGGUUGUAAAACAGCUGGUCCCAGUUGGUCCAGCUGGGCAAUUACAGUCCCUGUUAAAAACAGCCAUGGGCAGCGAUUACUUCUGUCGGAUCCUUUUCAACAUUUAAAAAAAAAAAAAAAAAAAGAUUUUUUUUUAAAGGAAAAAAAAAAAUCUGUUUUUGCAGAUGCAAGAAAAAUAAAUAUGCUAUUUAAUAAAAUAAAAAUUAAGGCCUCUUUUUAAAGCAGCUAUGUUUAAAAAAAGCCAGUGCCAACAAUAUUUUGCAUGCUGCAGCAUACACUACUCAGAAAAAAAAAAAAAAGAUGCUUCUACUUGAUUUCCUAUCUUUCAUCUCUGUUUAAUUUCAGGAAGUUCUUUUGAAAAGCAGAGACAGGAAAAGUGCUGAAAUCUUUAACAGCUACAGAAAACAAACAGGGGAAAACAAUAAAUCAAAAGUGUGAUCUGGCAGCAUAAGCGUUUCUAUCGUAUGUCCAGCAAACAUGUGCCACAAGAAAGUGCUUUCCUUUUGAAGGACGGCUGUCUGUUCCUUUGAGGGCAGGAGAAAAUAAAAGCUAUGCUGGCAAACAGAAA